UUCUGAUCUGCAUGUUUAUUGAAUGUUUACAAAAUAGAGUCUUGUGUAUAUGAAAGCAUUAUUUAAGCAUGUGGUUUACGUGUGCAAGCUCAAUCACUUGCCUAAUCACUUGUGCAUAUGCAGAUUUGUUAUACAGUUAAUCGAAUGCCAUCAAUAGCUGAAUUCAGUUAAGUUGCUUCAUAAUGACAACUCAGUAAACUGGGGUGUUUUGCCCUGCCCAAAAUAUAUGAAAGUCACGUGAAUGGGCUCCAUCAAGAUAUUUAAUUAUCCAUGCAGUGAGGUAUAUUCUGGUAUCAGAAAUUGCUUUCAUAGCUGAUCAGUGGCUUAAGAAGUAUUCACAUACAGUUUCAUGCAAAGGAUUGAGCAUCUUUGGCAGAAUAACACAAACACACACACACACACACACGCCAUAUAAUCAAGUAGAAAGCCUUUCUAGAAGAGUGGAAGUUAGCUUGUUUUGUUAUGUUAUGGUUGAGACUCGUAGUUCAUGUGAUCUGAAAUUUUGAUGUUACUGCAUAGGCAUCCUUUACAGUUUUCUUACCUUGCCUGUUAGUAUCUAGCACAUAGUUUUUUACACCAUACAUUUUCUUUCUUUCUUUCUUUCUUUCUUUCUUUCUUUCUUUCUUUCUUUCUUUCUUUCUUUCUUUCUUUCUUUCUUCAUUUUUAAACGAACAGCAACAAGUUCACUUUUGCUUCCUCAUUACAAACCUGCUUUUCCAUUAAGAAUUAAUCUAGUCCUUUUGUAUUUCUGACUCUCUGCACCAACAUGCUUUGCUUUCUGUUUAAUAAAAGAUUUAGAGCUUUUAAAAAAACUUUGCACAUAAACAACGUAAUUCAGGGAAACCACACAGUCUUUGCAACAUGUCUUGGGACUUUCCACGAAACCGAAAGUCAAACUAUGAAUCACGGAGCAGAGCAUCAGUGACUCUGAUCUAACGAAUAUGGAAGAAGGAAACUGUCACGAUCCUAACGACAUCGGCCUGAAAUUUGUUGAUCGACCUGAUGACAUUACACUUGAUGAUGAUCCCAACACACAGAGGAUAGAGAUGCCUUGUGGACAUGCUGUGACACCGGAAUCCCUCACAGCCUACUGUCGCAGUCGUCUGGAUCAGGCCAAGUACAAGUUCCUGUGUCCAGCUCUAAAAAAUGGAACAAAUAAAAUGUGUGAGGCUGAGUGGAAGUACGUAGACGUGCGGAGGAUUGCUUUACUGAAUCAAGAGGAGCAGAAUCACUUUGAGGAGACUAUGGCUGAACUGGCAGCAGCUGAGUACAGUGAAUACAACUCAUGCCCUGGUUGCAGUUCAUAUGUUGAGAGGAAGGAUUUGACCAACCUCUGUGUACUCUGCACCAUCUGUACAGCUGAUGGCGAUAAGAGGUUUGAGUUCUGCUGGCAGUGUCUGAAGACCUGGAAAGGGCCAGCACCUCGCUCAGACAAGUGUGAAAACAGUGGCUGUGUUAAUGAUAAAAUUGAGAAGCUGUUAAAAUGUGAGGAAAUAAUAAUAAUUUCAGUUCAAAACCUAAAAUGUCCUUCAGUGAGAGCUUGUCCUACAUGUGGAAACUUGGUUGAACAUGACACAACAGGAUGUAAGAAUAUAAUAUGCAAUCGCUGCAAUGUUGAAUUCUGCUUUUCUUGUUUAAAGCUCACUGCUGAAUGUCUAAAAACAAGCUCAUACUUUAUACCUUGCUUAAAUGGUGUAGCUCCUCGGCAAGCAUCCAUUCCAACCUGGAGUAGGUAGAUACCUAAAAUCUUGGCAUAUUAUAAUGCCAAAACACACAGUUUUCAGUCUCUUUAAAUUGAUCUAUAGCCAUAAUAUUAAUUAAUUAAUCAAUGAAUUAAUACUUUAAUUUGGUAUGAGCUGUUUUGAUAGUUGUCCUCAGGUUAUAUAAAAAUUAUGUUGUAUUUGCUUUUGCUGUCAUUUGCUAUAUAAUUUUGAUUAGCACAAAU